GUGGAGAUAAGCAAUAUGGCGGCCAAAAUUUUAUUUUUAAUCUGACUUUGUUUUGUAUGAUCUGAAGCGACUGAUUGUAGAUAAGAUGUCAGAAACGGCAUCUGCCAGAGUUGUCCCUAGUGGGAAAAUUUAUCGGCAGAUGUUUGAUGCCCAGCUACAACUGACCCAAAGUUUAACAAAAAUAAAGAGAGAAGAUACACAAAGUAGUAAGGCUCUAACAAGACAAAGUACUGGAAUACCAUUAGUAAAACUUACUAGAGAUGAAGUCAGUCAUGGUUUACUCACAGAAAGACAGAGGACUUGGGCAGAUGGUUUCCCUAAUGAACCAUAUAUUGAAAAUCCAGCACUUCACAAGCAGUAUUCUGAGUUUAUCCAGGCAACACAGAAAGAAAGUGAAGGCAGUUUAUUUGGAAAAGAAGUACAGGGUCUGCCAGAUGUUGUUGUUCCGGCAAAACUUGGAUCCAAUAUAAUUGAUAGAAUUGCAGCUAGCAGAAAAGAAAGACAUGAAGCUGAAGUAGAAGAUAUGCAUCAAGAACUUAGUGUGAUUAACUCUGACAUAGAACCCAGAAUAGAAGAAAAUUGUGAAACACUCAUGAAAAAACUGGAAGAAAAUGAUGAACAAAUAGCAGAAAUUCUAGAGAGAAUAAAAACAGAUGAGGAUAUUUUGACCUACACCUUAGAUGAUUUAUACAUAAUCUGGGAAGAAGUGCAAGGACAUACAUACAAACGACAGGAAUGGAUUAAGUUUCUAGACGUACAGUUGUCAGAAAUAGAAGACGAGAGGAUGGAUAGGAUCAGAGAUGUUUUUCUAGACUAUGCCAAGAAACUGGAAAAAAUAUCACAUUUGAUGUCUCCAGAUCUACAAAGGUUUAUGGACCAAGAAGCUCAGGUAAUUAAUCAGACCAUGUUGAGUAAUAGAAGAGCCUACUCUGACUUGUUCGUCAGACUUAUGUCAUCUGACAUAGAGAGGGAAAAGACACAACAUACAACUUGGAAACGACGUGUAGAGGACUGGCGACAAUUGAAGACUGACCUAGCUAUUCAAAAGUUUAUUGAUUAUAUUCAAGGAGACAAUAUCAUAGACCCACCAAGUGUACAGAAAGUUAUGCGCCAACUGGCAGAAGAUCAGACCAUUCUCAGUAAUAAAAGGAAAGAACUAGUCAUACAAUUAAGGGAUUUGAAACCACCAGCAUCCACCAAAUCAGCUGUUUACCAAUGGAAUAAAAAUAUUCAAAUGGUCUCAAAAGAAAUAGACAGUACAAACCAGAUAUUUUUAACUAAACUACAUGAAGAAUAUGAAAAAGUCUGUCAAGAUUGUUUAGAACAAGUUGAUGCAAUUAAGAAAUAUUUGAUAGAAGCAGGAAUUUGUGGUAUGUUGAAAGCUAAACAUAUAGUGGAGAAUAAGAUGUUACCGUUGGUUGGUGAUAGACAAAGAGUAUAUGAAGAAAACUUAGAGACCAUGGAGAAAAAUUUAGAUGAUCAUAAUACAAAGACAAAUGAUCAGCUGAAGUCCUUAUUUAAGUAUGCACAAGGAUCAGCACAUGUUUGGGAUGUUCAUGAAAUUGGAUUGGCUAAACAGGAGAGAGCUCUACAGGAGAAACUGGAAAACUGUAGACAACAACAUGACAAUCAAAACCAGGAUAAAGAGGCUAAUUUAGAUAUAGUGAUGGAUAAGAUGAGGCAGGAUGCUACUGAAGGAGCACUUAAAGCCAAUCUUAAUAAAGCUCUUGAAAUGCUGGAGAAAAUUAAAGAUGCGUAUGAAAUAUUUCAUCAAGACCAGACAGGAAUUGUAAAGACAUACCCAAAUAUGGUAUUGCAAGAACUGGAGGGUUAUGAUUUAGCUGUUUGCAAGUUCUUCAUGGUUGGAAGGAACCCAGAGGAUAGCCAAUCAAGACGAGAGAAGGUUACUAAAAGUCCAUCAAAGACAAAAAAGCAUGAGGACGAUGAAGAUGAUGAUAUUGAGUUUGAUGGAAAAGCUAAGGAGACUACCCAAUCAGAAGCCAUCACAGAAAUUUUAAGGACAGAAAAAGGAACAAUGUUUUAUGUAUUGACUGAGUCAGGGGAAUAUGGUCUGACAGGAGACAAAUCACAGACUGCUACUUUCCUGACUGAAGUAGAAUCACCAAGAACACAACCAGAUUACAUUAAAAAUAUUACUGUGGAAGUCUCAUUGAUAAAUGAUGUGAAGAAAGGCAUAAGAUUGAAUUUCCUGAACCAUUUAGAAGAAUGGACUGAACAAGCCUCAGAGAGGUCUGAAAGUGUUGUUGUUUCUAAAUGUGAAGAACUGAACAGUGAAUUAGAUUUACGGUUACAUCUUCACAAACCAAGGUCUCGUAGAGCAGAAUUUGAUGUACACAAUGUCAGAGCAGCUGAACUAGUGAUGCAUUCUGAAAGAGUGUCAAGACACACCAAAGGUGUUCAGCAGGCUCUGACUGAUCUAAAACAAGAAUUUACAAACAUGGAGGAACAGCAUAAUAAACUAACACACAAGUUCAGAGAAGAUAUUGAAGCUUUGGAACUGGUUUUUAUCAAUGCUACUAAAUCUUCAAAAUUGGCUUCUCUACGUAUGCAGUUGAAAGAAGAAUCAGAAAAGUUUAUGACAAUGAUUAGAACAUCAUUGAAGAAUUUCCGUCAGCAUCUAGAUGAUACACUUCAGCGAUUACGUGAAUCAAAUGCCAGAUUUAUAAAGUCAUUUAAGGUAUUUUCUGAUGGUGGUAAUUUUUGUCCAGAGGAAAUUAGAGAAUACUGUAAAAAGUUGGACCAAUCAUCCCAGAAAAUAGAUAAAUGUGAGGGUGCUAUUAUGUUAGAACUGGAAGGACUAGAAUCCAAACGUAGGGAACAGGUCACUAAAGUGGUUGUAGAAUUUGAUGACAGGUUUAAACACCACAUGAUAGACCUUGUAUUUAUGGAAAGGAUAGCCAGAUGGUUAACAAACACACAAGUGAAAAUUAAGGCUGAGGUAGCCAAUAGUAAUUCUCAGGCUCAACAACUAGCCCAAUACCUCAAUGAUGUAGUCAGGAGGAUUGAUGCUUGUGAAAGACCUAACUUGGAUAAAGAGCAAAUAACAUCAACACAAUUGAAUGACUCACUAAAGUUAGUGUUUGAUUCCUACCAUGCCAGAAGUAUAUUCUUGAAUUGUACAAAGGACACAAUUGCCAGACCAACCUCUGCAAUGCAGGGACCUCCAGCUAUUGCACGUGUUGUUUUCACUGGAGCAGACUCAACACCAACGCCUAUCAGUAAAGCAGGAAAACAACCAACGGAAGAUCCCUCUGUUGGGGUAAUCAAAAGUAUAUUAAAAACACAGAAAACAAAGAUGAGGUUUGGAAUGGAUGCUGAUAUAGAUGGGGAGACAACUCCAUUUGGACAACAAUUAGAGAUGAGAGAGAAAAUGAAGUCAUCAUUGUCAGUCAGUACCCCAACAGACAAAUCUAAACAGAAACGAGGACCAAAUAGUGGACUUCCAACAGAUAGUCCUCCCAAGAGAGUCCAAUCGGGAGAACCAAGCUUUCAUGGGACGCCUACUGCGGCCCCUAGGUUAAGGAGAAGUAGUAAAUCUACUAAAUUUGACAAAAAAUAUUUAAUAUUUGGAGAAAAAGAUGAAGAAGGAGAGGAGUUCCAUCUGUUGGGCAUUAUAAGGAGAAAUUUACGGGAAGCACUAGAUGGUCUUCUGACAUCUGCAGAGUUAUACUACAAGAACAAAGGUAACAGACAAGUAACCAGACCACAGGUUUUACAGGAGACAUUUGAACUAUGUGCUGACGUUGUUGUACAGAAAUUACAGUCGUAUUUCACACAGGCUGACGAGUAUCACAAUCAAUGCUUACAAGAAUUCAGAAAUCAGUUGAUACAACUUGAAGAAGCAGUUUCCCAUGUCCCUGAUUUAUUACUGAAGGAUUUACUGGAGGAUGAGCUUAAUAAAUCUAAAGAGGCCAGGGACACUGUGUCUGAACAGUUCUCUGUUACACUCAGUCAACUUCACAAAAAACAGAAAGAUCAUUCGACUUUGUUACGUCCUACCCUAGGACACCCACAUCAGAAGACUGGAAUAGCAUCCCUGGGUGAGAAGGAGUUGGAAAGACAUAAUGCCUAUAUAUCUGCUGUAGAAAAGCAGACUAAAGAACUACAGGUUGUGACAUUAGAACAAUCUAAGACAUUUGUUGAACAGUUGUCCAGAACGGCAGAAAAUCAACUGGUUCAGUAUGAUAACCUUCUGACCGUGGAUGAUGUGGAGAAAGGAAGGGUAGAGCCAAAGAAAUACCCAACCAGUGAACUCAUAAGAAGAAGGAACCAAGGUUUGCCUUUAGAAGAUGAUGAGGAUAAAAAUGCCCUCCCACGAGGAAAAAAUACAUGGACAGGUAUGCCCUCUAAUGAACUGGUAAUUGAAGGUUCUGGUAAACCUCAGCUAACAGCCUCGGUCACUACAGCCAAAACUACAUUGGGACAUACUGCUACAAUUACUGCCAGAGACAAAGCUUAUCAGGAAUAUAAAAAUAAGUUUGAAAAGACAUUAGAAAUAAUAGAAGAAGAAAAACAGAAAUUGUUAUUAGCAGAACAAAGAUGGAUGGAUAGCUGGAAUACUUCAGUGGAAAAAGUCAAACAGUUAUACUGAAAUAACUCUUAAUAAUAGCAUUUACUGUGAUAAUGAAUUGCGAUAUUUUUUUAAAGAUUUUUUUUAUAUUUGAUGAUUUUCUCAUUUAAUAAAAUGUCCGUCCUUGCAUAUUGUUUAUUUUAGUUUGUUUUAUAAUUCUCAAUGAUGCUGCAAUGAGUCUGAUGAAGCAACUUUUUUUUGUUUAAAUGUUUAAAGUUUUUGCUUUUACCCAAAUUACUCAAUUUUUCAAGCUAGAAUUGUUGCAAUACUGAAUUUUAUAAAGUAUGUAUGUUUAGUUGAACAGGUUAGGAGAAAUGCUUAUGGAAAGAUCAUUCUUGACUGUUUACUAGAUAUAAUAAAAGUAGAAAGAAAUACAUUACAACUCAACCAAUUUAUUUAGGCUCAAUAUAUAAAUAGCUGUUAUUUUAAGUUAAGAAUGGAUCAGUAAAAAAUAUUGACCUUAUAUGAUUAAAUUAAAUAGACAUAUGAAAGUCACUUUUUCAGUUUUCAUAGAAGUUGCUUUUAAGAAAAACUUGAAAAUGGUUAAAACUAAGGCCUUCUGAAAGUUCCAGAAAAGAAAAAAAAAAGAAAAUCCUUGUUUCCUGUUUUGUGGCCUCAUUUCUACACAAAAUACAUUAUGAAAGUAAGAAAACUCUGGUCCUGUUAUAAUAAGGAAAUUUUGUUCAUCAGCAUUGUAUUGAGUGCUAUAAAAUACUUGAAAGAAUUUAUAGUUUUAAUAGAAAUGAAAUUUAAAUGUGAAAAUAAAAGAAAAUGAGAAAGACUUUAAAGAUGUGAUGCAUUUCUUGUGUUGCUUAUUUGUUUUUGUUAUUCUGCAUAGUUUUUAACAGAUUUAGUCAGAAAUGCCUCAACUUCUUAUGCUCCAAUACUGUUGAUUCAUUUAUUAUUGUGUUAUUAACUUUUGUGGAAUGAGGAUAAAAUGGUAAUUGUGUUUAUUCAAUUUCUUGGUUUAAACAGAUUUUGUAUACAAGCCUAUAAGAAAUAUGCAUUUUGCUUCAAUUUUUAUAUUUUGUUUAUACACAAGAAAUCCAAGAAAAUUAGUACUCUACAAAUAAUGAUGCAUCCACAGUACUUGAUGAGUAGAAACAUUCCAGACUAUUUAUUAUUUCAAGUGUAAAUGAUUGUUAUAUGUAUACUAUUUAUCAAAUUUGUGAAUUAAAAUGAUGAUAUUUUAAAUUGAAA